ACUUAUAUCACAACAUCAAUAUCGUCGGUAAAUCGUUAUUUCUCGAUUUAGUUUGUAUAAUUAUAUUAAUAGAAUAUUGUUACAGGAAAUGGAGAAAAAUUUUACUGAAACUAAGGAAAACUGUCAAAAUGCAAGUAAUUUGCAUUUUGAUCUAAAAGGUAGUCAAGUCGAGGCUGAAAGUAUGUCCACCAAUGGAGCUACAAUAAUGGAGAAAGACUUGAACAUUCCUAAGAACGACCCAAAGAAUACAAGCUUAAAGAAACUCAAAGUUUUGAACGACACUCUAUUGGAACAAAAAUUCAAGUAUGCCUUAAAAGAAUCUGCUAAGGAUCUAACAGAGACAACGAGUGAGAUAGGAACUGUAAGUACGCCUCCAUUUUCUCAUGAACAUGCUAUAGACAAAGAACAAGAGAAAAUUGUAGUCGAUGACGUAACCGAGAAUAAAGAUUUCGAUUCGGAUGCAAUGAAACAAUCUGAAUGUCGUGGUCAUCGACGCAAAAAGAAGGAAAAAAAAUCAAAAAAAAAAAUAAAAACGUAAACUUGAUGCCGGUGUGGGUGGAGACCAGUUGUUGACUCAAGUGAUAGAAACUGACAACCAGGAUUUGCUGGAAACUAAUCCACCUAAAAAUGAUGUACCUGCUAUUCAAAAAACACCAAGUGAUCUAAAAGAAUCAACCAAUUCAGCAAAGGCAGAAAAACCGCGAAAAAAGCGUAAAAAAAUGAUAAGAAAAUGUUGGAAACUUCAAAAGUUGAAGUAGAAGUAAAAUUCCUGAGAGAGGCAAUGUCUAGUUUAAUCGAAAAUUUCAACAAUUUUCAAGAGUAUGCCACGUCAAAAUUAGCUGCAAUUGAUGAAAAUUGGUGACAGUUAAAAA